AUGGACAUGUGCCAGCACGAGGGCAAAGGCGCCAACAUGCUACAGAUUCUUGCCGAGCGCGGAGCCGAGUCGAUCGUGGAUCUUCGGUCGCCGAGCCGCAAACUGAAAUGCAGCCAGAACGCCUCCGACUAUGCUGAUGCUCUCCAAGCGCUCGGCGCGGCGGGCGUGCAAUACACGUGCAUCGACUUGCCGGAGGGCGAUGAUGCCCAAGCGAUUGCAAACGAAGUUUUACCUUUGAUGCGGCCGCUGGGAAUCCAAGCGGUGAUCAACGGCAGCUUUGACGAUGUCGUCGAGGUGGCAGACCUCAUUUCUGAGCGCCUUUGCCCUGAGACCACAAACGGUUACCGCCUCAGCGAGGCGCGACACGAUAAGGCGCGGAUGCAUGAGGUUGUCGACGAGGCCGGACUGAGGUCCUUGCGGUCUGUCGAGGUUCACUCGUACGCCGCCGCGGUGGCCCACAUGCGAGAGGGGCGCGCAGCUUGGCCGGUGGUGCUCAAACCCCGCCGCGCGGGCGGCACCUUCGGCGUCAGCGUGUGCCACAACGAAGAUGAGCUGCGUUCCGCGAUCGAAAACACCAUCGGCAAGACGAAUCCGUUAGGCGGCACGAUUGACACGCUCCUGCUGCAGCCUUACGUGCGCGGCACAGAGUACGUGGUCAAUGUGGCGUCGCGCAACGGGACGCACAUGGUGACAGACGCGUGGAUGAGCCAAAAGAAGUGCAGCGGCUCACUCAUCCUCUACCAGCGGGAGGACCUGGUGCGAUCCUCGUCCGACGUGCAAGGGGUUGUGGACUAUGUGAAGCAGACGCUCGAUGCCCUCGGCAUCCGAAACGGGCCUUCGCACACUGAGCCCGCUGCUGAUGCGGGCGAAAUCGGUUCAGGCGACAACGGCAUGGACGACGUAAUUGGCGAUGCCGCCUCGGGCGAGGUCGCUAUCGAUGCCGGCUCGGGCGAUGCCGGCUCGGGCGAUGCCGGCUCGGGCGAUGCCGGCUCGGGCGAUGCCGGCUCGGGCGAUGCCGGCUCGGGCGAUGCCGGCUCGGGCGAUGCCGGCUCGGGCGAUGCCGGCUCGCCCACCAGUUGUUUGUGUGCUCUCAUCUUUUAA